AUGAGUAAACAGGGAAUAGCUGUGGAUCCUGAUAAGGUGGAAGCAGUAAUGAAUUGGGAGCGACCAACUUCAGUGACAGAGAUCAGAAGUUUCCUAGGAAAAGCGAAUGUUGUGGCGGAUGCCUUGAGUCGGAAAUCUUUAUAUGCAGCUUGGAUGAUGCUACGGGAAAAGGAAUUACUAAGGGCAUUUCAAGAACUUCUGAAGGUUCAUCGAGACAAUGAAACGUUACAUAAGGUAUUACCAGCAGUUGAACAGGGAAAACAGUGGAGAGCGUUAGAAGGACAUGAUGGUUUGUGGAGGUUCAAGAACGAGAUUGUUGUGCCAGAUAUUGGAGACCUGCGACAGAGAAUCUUGAAGGAAGCUCAUAAGAGCGGGUUUUUAAUCCAUCUAGGAAGCACCAAAAUGUAUCAAGAUCUGAAAGCAAUGUUCUGGUGGCCAGGGAUGAAGAAUGAUGUGGCAUUGCACGUAUCUAAAUUUUUAACGUGUCAGAAGGUUAAGAUUGAGCAUUAG